AUGAAAGAACAGAUAUUUUGUCAGUUUUUAGUCGUAAUGAUGUUGUUGUCAUCAUCUCAAAUUCAGGGGGAGAGAUGUAAUGAUUCAGGCAUCGAAGUUCUGAGGGGAUGUCCAGAUUCUAUCGACAAGGAGCUGCCAACUCCGCCAAGACCAUCCCAAGGUUGUUGCACUCUUGUCCGAAUCAUCGGGAUGGAAUGUGUAUGCGAAGUCAUCAAUAAGGAAAUCGAAGCCGCCAUUGAUAUGCAAAAGCUAGUCAAUGUCGCGGCUGCUUGUGGCCGUCCACUUGCUCCUGGCUCACAAUGCGGAAGUUACCUAGUUCCCGGUGGCAUGAUUAGACAUUGAGACAUCAUGACUAAGUUGUCUACAUGAAGUAAUUUGAAUUACGCCUAAAACAAAAAAAAAUUGAAGA